AUGCAUGGUGUUGUAUGUAUCCGCUUGUUCGCGAGCGGAGGUCCGCAGCACAUCACAUCCGCAUCGCGCGCGGCCUCGAAGGAUGCCCUCGAACCCAACCACCCGUGCCACCUCGUCCUACCUCCCGCCGUGCUGGACCUGGACCAGAUGAUAGCCAGCAGCGGCGGAACGGCCGGCGCCGCCUACAGCUCCCGCUCCGGCUCCUACGCCACCGUCGUCGCCAGCCACCGGCUCGCGAGGCAGAGGUCCAUGCCGGCCGCCUUCGCUUCGUGCGGCCGCGGAGGCGAGCGGCCAAGGAGACUCGGGGACGGCCGCGGGCGAGCGCCCGCGUCCCCGGCAGCAGCUGGCGGCGGCGUGGUGCGCGCGCUGUUGGCGUGGGUCUGGAGAGGGAGAAGGAGGAAGGCGGCGGUGAUGGCCCGGAGCGGGUCGUCGUCGGCGAAGGAGCAGCAGUACGGCCACGACGAGUACGCGCAGAACUUCGACGAGGGCGCCGCGGCGGGGGAGCCCGAAAACCUGUCGCGGUCGUUCUCGGCGCGGUACGCCAGGCGGGCGCUGCGGUGGGACGGGGCUCGCUGAGGUCGCCCGCCGCCGCCGCCGCCGCCAAGAGCAUGUGGUGCGGCUACGAUGCAGAGGGAAUCAACUCCCUCUCGCCUAGCACUCCGACCAGGCCUCGAUCGGCGGCGCCAUGAUCAAGUGUUCGACCGGUGCGCGCUGUGUUUUGACUUUUGAGCGGUGCUCUGAGCCCAGGCAAGUGACAAGUACUCGCACACCGCGGCGUGCUCGUUCUUCGGUAACCAUGUCGAGGAUGGCAGGCGGGCACAUUUCUGUGUCGUGAAAACAUUUGUAUCACAGUUGCAUAUGGCGUGUUAAAAGCCGGUUAAGGUAGUAUAAGUACAUAUGACAGUGCAGUUGUGCGUUCUUAGCUUUGAUGUACUACGACGAUACAAUCGAACCGUUUGCAUCUUCUAUC